GUCAAACUUAACCUUGUUCAGUCUCCGGUCUUUCCCCACCUUUCCUCUAGUUUAAUAAAAGAGAAAGAAAGUGUAAAGAUACAUUGAUAGAUAGGUAAGAGAGAGAGAGCCGGCAUUUCUUGAGCUGAUCAUGGUACUUGAUUCUCAUCCAGUUUGGAAGAAGCAGAAGUUAAGCCUGAUUGCUCCAGGGAAUGCAGAAACUACCAAGACAUUGUUUGAAUCUGCAAAGGAGAAAUUUGGUCGAGCUAUUCGUGUAUAUGAGAUCUCAUCACAUGCAUCUGCAGUAACUAAUGAUGUUUCCAUUGCUGAUGAUGAUGAUGCAGAUGAUAUUUAUGAUUUCACAGCAGAGGAUUACUUCAGAAUGAUGUCCUCCAAAAAGGAAGAUAAACAUCUGAAGACCAAAAAAAUUCGAGAUGCAGAAGAGGCUGCCCGAAGAUCAAGGAUAACUAAAGCUGUGAUUAGGGUAAAGUUUCCUAAUGAUAUCAUAUUAGAGUCUACAUUUCAUCCAUCUGAACCAAUUCAGAGCUUAAUUGAUCUCAUGAAGAAAGCAAUAGCUCAACCGAAUCUACCCUUCUACUUGUACACUACUCCACCAAAGAAGAAAAUAACUGACAUGUCACAGGAUUUCUACUCUGCUGGAUUUGUUCCAGGUGCCAUUGUGUACUUCUCUUAUGACCUACCUAAAGGUGAGAACUCCAGUGUUAGUUCAGAUCCCUUCCUUCAAGAGGAUGUGUUAUCAUUAAAAGGUUUAGAUAUGAAAUCUGAAAAUGCAAAUGGGGCUGCAGAAGUUGCUGAAAGAAUGGCAAGAGUGAAUCCAUUUUCUUCUGAAUGGAAGCCUGAGCUUGCUGCUGCUGCUAAGAAGCCUGAGCUUGCUGCUGCUGCUAAGAAGCCUGAUAAACCAAAGUGGAUGAAGAUGUGAUGAUGUUUUGUACCUUGUUCUUAACUGGAUUCAAUAACUCUUUCUUUUCUUGAUAGUUUUUAUGGUACUUUUGGUCAAAGUAUAUUAUGGAUUUAUUAUAACUGAAAGAUGGUUUAUUCAAAUAAUUUA